AUGUCAGUCAUUCAUCAAAGUGCAGUGCGUUCAUUGACACGUCUUUUUUCUACUAGUGCCACUAAAUACAAACCGUAUAUACCCAAGAAUGAACAUAAAUUUAAAUUCGAACAAUUAAAAAUUUGGGAACAUGUGUAUGGUAUCUCUAGUGUACUUUCUGCAUUACGAGCCAAGAAGCGAUCAAAAUUAAAUACGAUCUUCAUUCAAGCAUCAGACAAUAAAAAGACAAAGCAAAAGAAGGACGAUUCAUUAAUUCUUGAAAUUCUUCAAUUGGCAAAAACUUCUGAACUAAAAAUUGUUUCUGUUGACAAAGGAAGAUUAAAUAGUUUGACAGAUAAUAGACCACAUCAAGGAGUUGUUCUAAGAGCUUCACCUAUAAAAUCAAUAGAAAUAGAUGCAUUAACAAAUAUAAAUGGUACUUUCUAUGAGGCUCUACCAAGAAUAAAUAAAAGAGGAAAUCAAAAAAAUAAAUUAAACAGUGAAAGCAUUUCAAAUAUUCAGUUUAAUACGCCAUCUAAUGGUCGUAUGCCUUUUUGGAUUGCUUUAGAUGAAGUGCAAGAUCCUCAAAAUUUAGGCUCUAUCUUAAGAACGGCUUAUUUUUUUGGUGUUGAUGGUGUAUUAAUUUGUAGUAAAAAUAGUGCCCCCUUAAGUCCAACUGUCUCAAAAGUCAGCUCUGGAGCUGUUGAAAUGAUGGAUAUUUAUUCAGCAACUAAUUUGGCCAAGUUUUUAAAAGAAAGUCAUACUAAUGGCUGGGAAAUUAUAGGUGCUGUAGGAGAUGCUCAACCCUCCUUUAAUCCUCUGCAAUUUCGUGAGACUUACGAUAAACCAGUGAUAUUAGUACUUGGUAAUGAAGGCACUGGGCUUCGUACAAAUAUUAGAAAUGAAUGCAAUAGAUUUAUCAGUAUUCCAUCUGCAAUUGCCGAGGAAAAGUUGAAUGGUUCUGUAGAUAGCUUAAAUGUUGGUGUAGCAGCCGGCAUCAUUAUUUCGUCUGCUCUUUUAAAAUAA